CGUAGCCGCGCUCCACAGACAUCGCGGGAUCGUGUCGCUCUGGUAUCUCAUGGCCGCGAUCUUUCUACAAGCUGAACUGAUCUUGGUGGCGGACUCCUGGCUCUACAGGUUUAUCUAUUAAAGACUUAAAACCAACAUCCCAAACAAUUUGACAUUUUUAAGUAGCGAGGAUUAAAUAUUAAUAAUGAUUUCCUAGAUAAUAAAUAAAACAAUAAUUUUUAAAGAAGGUUUGAUUUUUAUCAUAAAUUUAUUGUACCUAAUGUAAAUUAGUGUAAAAAUUCCAAGGUAUUAUAAUGGCGCAAGCUUAAAAAGUCAUUAUAAUCUGCUUUGACAUAACAUGGGUACCUUUUUUCAAGAAUUAGCUUGGUCUGACCUAAUCUCGGUACAUUUCAAUAGUGCAGUUGUCGUACUAAUCAUUUUUAUAAUUACUCAAAAUGAUUAAACUGACAUUAGCCACAAAAGACUCAUUGGCAAUUUGAAUUUAAAAUGGCGACUACGGACAGUAAUCUGCGUAUAGGAAAAGGUUCUUCUAAAACGGAUCCUAACAACAAUUUUUGCAACCCAAUGAACGGCUAUUCCUUGAGGCCAAGGACGACGCGGAGGUGUGAUGAUGAGAACCUUACUGCAGAUCCCGAUGUGUGGCGACCACCAAAAGACAAGAAGAAACACAAGUCAAUGCCGCUGAGCAAAUACAGAAGGAAAACUGCGAACGCCCGCGAAAGAAGUCGGAUGAGAGAGAUCAACGAUGCUUUCGAGGCCCUCCGGAGAGCGAUUCCACAGAUGGAGUCCAGGAACUGCCCCAGCGAGAAGCUGACCAAGAUAUCCACUCUGAGGCUAGCCAUGAGGUACAUCUCGGCCCUGGACGGUCUACUGCGGCACCGGGAACUGGAGUCUGACGGCGAGUCGCUGCUGAGCGACUACACACUGACACCCCCCGACCCGUCUGACCUCUUCACCCCCCUCAUGACCACGGGCCUCGAACACCUCAGCGGACCUCCUGGCGAUCCCUGCAUGAUUACUCCGGAACCGCUGUUCACCCAUAGUUCCUAUGUCUUUGACGAAACACAAUUAAUGGAUUUCAACUAAUGCAGCUUCUCGGAGACUUUAACGUUGGGUAAGAAGUAUUUUAAAAUCUUUCAUUGUUGAAUAAAUAAAUUUGCUUCAUUUUGGUGCUGCUACAUGGUGGCUUAACUACUUCCGGCACGUUUAGGGAUAAAACAAAUUAUGAGCAUUACGAUUGCCGCACGUAAUGAACUGAGGCAGAUCGGUAUUUAUUACAGCUAAUUAUAGCCUACUUACGAAUUAUGUUGGUUAUAUGCAGAGAUUAUAGUAAUGUGAAUACUUGAAAUUGUUUGCAUAGAUUUAAUGCACUAUUUACAUAAGUUUUUAAGAAAUAAUAAACCAGAAUAAAUUAAGUCCCUUUAAUAUUUUACGUAUAUUACGAUUAAAAAUCAUCUAGAUACUGGGCAAACUAAAACAUUGCUAACAUGUAGGGAAGUGGAUGUUCGCUACCUCAUUAUUUUAAGUAUUGAAAUAAUUGAUAUUGGGUCAAAAUAAUACGUUUGGUAAUGUAAUCAAAUUUGUAAUAAAUAGAUACUGUGUAAAUCAAUAAAAAUUCCUAUUGUUGGUUUCUUAAUGUAAUUGUUUUUAACUUAAAGAAGUAGUAUUAUUUUAGUAUUAAUUUUUACAGUUUUCGACAAGUAUACUCUAUAAUAUAUGUCAUCAAUUUGCAACCAACCUUAAAAUGUAAAAAUAGUUACUUAUGAAUGACAUAGAUGAAUCAGUAAAUAUAUACAAUAUUUGAGGUUAAAUCAUAUACCUAAAAUGUUUUUUCUAGUACAAUUUUUAUGGGUAAAGGCUAAUAGUUAAUUUUCCUACUCCCACCUUCAUCAUCCUUACACCAUCGUCGUUUCUCUAUAAAAUAUAACCCAUCCAUAUUUAUUCAUAAACUUUCUCUUAUAUUUCCAUCAUUAGAAGAUGAGCUGCUUAUUAAAUUUAUUAGUGAUCAUAAUUUUAAUGUCGACAUUUCCUUUUUAUAAAAUUAAUUAUUUCUUAGUCACGCAGGCUUAAUUGGUCAUUAACUAUUUACCUUUAUCGUGCUACUACAUUUUUUAAUUAAACUGAUUUGUUUCGUUCUUGUUUUGAACACUAUUCGCACUAACUUGGAAAAAUUGUUUUGUAAAAAAUCAACACAUCGUUGUGUAUUCUGAAGAACUCAAAAAGAUACAUUUCCGGUAUUUCAGUUUAUUAAUGUCGACUAUUAUAAGAUUAAAAGAUCUGCGAUUUUGGUCGGUAUUCACAUCCAAUCCACCACAUACACACUUACGUAUUCCACACGCACGCGCGCUUGUCUCGCUUUUGUUAUAACCUUUUUACUUCUUAAGUUUCUCGUGAGUUCCAACUCUCAAUUAUUGAAAAACUAUUGCUAAGGACAAUUACAAAUUUUAAUUAACUAUUAGAAAGGUCUUCGAAAUUGACAAAUGCAUGCCUGUAAUAACAUUCUACAGUGGAAAAAAUAUGUUAACUAAAAGAAAAGUCUUAAUAUAUUUUAUAAAUUUAUUACCACCCAAAAUUUAAGUUUAGUUUAACAUUUAUGUUUUUACUUAAUUGUAUUCGUUUAUUGUAUUUCGGAUUAUUUAUACUAGGUACUACGAUCAUGGGCUCAGACCCAGAACUAGCAAGUAUUAAAAAAUAAAAUUUGUCAAGAUUUGUGUUUUAGUAAACGUAAUUUAUAAAUAUUUAUAUUCAGCCUAUUGUUUUGAAUUUUUUACCUAAUGAAAAUAAGCUUCCAGCUAUUCACGUUUGAACUAACUUAAUACUAUCUGAAAUAUAAUAAUAAAAUAUAUGUUUUCAAUUUUAAAAUAUUUAAACAUUAAUGUUUUUUAAUAUUAUUCCGAACACUUUUAACAGAGAUAUUUUUAAAUUAAUCGUUAUAGCUUCUGUGGUAACAAUAAAAAUAACGAUUUUUUAUUGUGAUACAAUUAUGUUUGUUUGGUAAUCUAUCCCGUAGAGUACUUUUAUAUCAUGUUUUUACGUUUUAAAACAAAUUAUACAAUAAAGUAAUAACUCCUUAAAAAACCUUAUGCAAUAUUCUUAAACAAUGGUAAAAAAUAGUGGUUAACUUUAUAUUGCAACGAAAAGAUACAAGAAUUGCACAAAUCUCAACGUUUAAAAGAGUUCCAAUUACUUUACAAAAGGUUCUUUUACCUGAAAAUGCUCUGAAGAAUGAACAUUUCGAAAAUCCUAACAUUUCGCACAAUUAUUUUUCGGGGAUUUCUCUUAUCACAUAUUUUCAUGGUCCGGGGCCAGUGUAAGUUCCUGUCAAUACCAGUGUUUCUGUGUCAAUACCGCAGGUUAACACCCGGUCCUAUUCCGUUAUCAAUAGUCUGCCUAAGAUCCUUGUCAGCUUAUCUGAUAAAAAAAUUGGCUAUACAUUUUUAAAAUAAAUGUUGCAUCAAGAACCUGGUGUAGCCAAAUGGCUGUAAUCUUUAUCCCAUAAGAAUAAUGUUUAACUUCAAAUACUUUUAUGCCAUUAUUUUUCUUAGUAGGAUGUUAGGAGGUGUCUCAUUUCAAGCAAAUUAACAAUAUAACUGGUCAAUUCUUUAUAUAGCAUAUAUUUAUUUAUAUACAUCAUCCUAACAGUGUCUACUUAAAUUUGGGUGACGCAUUCAUUACAUACUGCCGAGUGAAAACUUACAGAUUUUAUUCAUACGGAUUUAAACGGGUUUUAGUUUUUUUAAGUGUUCACUUUUUGAUUAUGUAAAUGAUAAUUAAGAUUUCUUCUGAUUAUCGAAUAGGAAAAGUAAACGCGUUGGAAUGCAUAUUAAUUAUUUCUUUAAAAUGAUAUAUCUCACAUAACUAUACGGCAAACAAAGCCUAAAACUGUUUAACAAUGUAGUUUUGUGGUUAAAAUAAAGAUGACCACCACUACACCCGGUUGUUUAAGAGCAUUAAAAAAAUAUUAUAUCGUUUCCAGAUUCUCAUUACUAAAGAUAAGUGCAUCUUUAAGUGCAUUUAAAUUAUUAAUGUGUUAUUUUUUAAAUGCCAACUGAAAAUAUCAUAUUAGAUUACUUUUUUAAACUUUUAGGGUUAGUUGCUCUUAAGAAAUAAUAUUACAAAAGUCAAAAUGUAAAGUUACCCUCUUAUUGGCAUUUCUUAUUAUGAAUUUUAGAGAAUUCUCAUAUAGUUAGAUAAUAACUAGUUUUUAUUACGAUGAUGUAAAUGAGCCAGUUACAUAGUCGUUAUAGUGAUGUUUUUAUCUCAUUACAGACGACAACAGUUAAUCGAAUUGCUCGACUUAAUCAACCUUCAUUGUUUAGGAAAAGAUCCAAUGCUAAAUUCGUUUAAAUUUCCCAAGAAGGCAAUGGAAUAGCAUUUUUUACAAUUAGAUAAGUAAGUUAAAAUAAAGGCAUUUGAUCUAUCGGCAAUAAAUCACAGAUAUCACAGCAAAGUCCCUAAUUGUGUAAUGCAGUCAUAAUUCCAAACGUUUAGAUUUAGUAAUAUUUUCUGAAUGGACAAUUUUGUUACUCAGUUAUAAUAAUUAAACUCGGAGGAACAUAAGAAAUAAGAGUCUAACUUCAUUCUAUACGUUAUAAUUAAAAUUUAUGACAUUCAAUCACUCAAUACUUACUAGAAUGCCCACUAGAUGUCCAAAAAAAAAAAAAACUUUACGCACCUGCUAUUUUUACGAAUAGCGAAUUAGGGUUUUAUUUAAUACCAUUUACUUUAGCAAGAAACAACUUAUAAUUAAUUCAAAUUCGAGCAACGAGUUAAUGUGCGAAUAUCUAAUAGUUGUGUGUACAUUAACUAUACAUCUACCAAAAUAUUUAAAAAUCACGACACGUAAAAUAUAAUCAAUGUGGCGCUGCAAAUCUAAAAAUAUUGAAUCAUAAUUAUUUGAUGGGAAAGUAAAACAGAACAUUAUUACUUAUUUAUUCUUCUACCUUAUUUUCAACGAUUGUAGGGAAGGAGGAGAAGUUGUUUGGUUGCCAAAUUUCUCCUCUCCCUGGUCGAAGUUAAGAAAAAUUGAACAAAAUAAUAUAAUCUUAUAACAUGAAAGAAUUCUAAGUGUGCAUAUAAUGAAAUUAGUAAACUUAAACUUGUUUAAUAAUUAUCAUUGGAAUAAAUAUAAUAAAAUUAUAGAUUGAAACGAUCACUCAACAGAGUACAUAAUUACUAAUUUGUUAAUUAAGAAAGAUAAAAUAACAAUAAGCUGUUUGUCGCUUUUAAGCUUAUUAAGUCCUGUAAUAGUUUAGAAGAAUAUUACUUAAGCACUAUGAAACAUUCAUUAUUUUUAUUCCUAGUCAUGCGUAUGAUAACUAGUUUUAUAGGUUAAUAGCAUACUACCAUUGAUGCUGCUAUGAACCAUGUUGUAUUUAUAUUUAUUUGUUUUAUAUUCUAGACAUAUCAUGUAUUUGUCGAGUGUAAUCAGUGUUUAAUGUUUCCUGUUGAUUAUUGUUAUAAUCAGAUAGUUAUUACAAGUAGUGGUUAUUAUAGAAAGUUGUGUUUUGUUCAUACGUACUCAUAUCAUGUGUGAUUGGAACCAAUAAAUAGUUAUUGCUGGAA